GUCUCUCUCAGCCCCCACACACACACACUCUCUCUCUCAGCCCCCACACACACUCUCUCUCUCUCUCCCGCAGCGCUCACCAGAACAGACAACAACUUUGCUUCAUGGCAGCGAGUCUCACCGGAGACAGGAUACAACCGGGCUGUGAUCUAACCGGACGGGAGCGAGCUGCAGAGGGAUUCACCAUGCUGGGGAAGAGAGCCAUAUUAGUGGUACUGCUAUCGGUGGCUGUGGGGGUCUACUUCCUACCCUCACCCAUAGACCCUCAGCCUUACAUAUUCAAGGGACCCCCUCCGCUCCUGGAGGGCCCGCUGGCUGUCAACACCAGACUACAAAACGGACGCAGGCUGUUCACUGGACAACUACAUGGACCAGAAUCCUUCACUGCGGACCAGGAGGGUAACGUGUACACAGGGACAGUGGAUGGGAAGCUGUGGAGGAUCCAUCAGGAGACUCUAACCCUCAUCACCCACAUGGGACAGGACUUACAGGAGUGUGGUAGCAGGACAGACUAUGAGCCAGUCUGUGGUCGUCCUCAUGGUGUGCGGUUGGACAGUGGUGGUCAGCUGAUCGUAGCUGACUCCUACUUUGGACUGUUUUCUGUUGACCCCCAGACUGGACACAAGACCCUGCUAGUGGACAGCAAGACAGGAGCUGACGGGGUUCCGUUUGCGUUCCUGAACGGGUUGGAGAUCUCCUCUCAGACUGGGAUCAUUUACUUUACCGACUCCUCCUCUCGCUGGGGACGACGACACGUCAAACUAGAGGUGAUAGAGACCAACGCUCUGGGUCGUCUCCUGACCUUUGACCCUGUGUCAGGGCGCGUGGGUGUCCUGCUGGAUGGGCUCUACAUGCCCAAUGGCAUCGCCCUGUCACCUGACGAGAGCUUCCUGCUGCUGGCUGAGACCAGCAUCGGGUGUGUCCUCAGGUAUUGGCUGAAAGGCCCCAAGGCUGGCACCAAGGAGGUCAUCAUGAACAAUAUGCCCGGUUACCCUGACAACAUCCGCCUUAGCGACCGUGGAACCUUCCUGGUUGGCCUAACGACCACACGCUUCAGGAAGCUCAUGCCUCCAUUCCUGGACCUGAUUGGUCCGUACCCAGCGGUCAAACGCUUUCUGGCUAAGGUGGUUCCUCUGAGCUGGUACAACAUGCUGUUGCCUAGAUACGGCCUGGUGUUGGAGUUGGACGGGGAAGGGGAGGUGGUGGGGAGUCUCCAUGACCCUACAGGCAGCCUGACCUGGGCCGUCAGCGACGUGUUCCCCCACCAGGGGAGACUCUACCUGGGUAACACCGACCUGCCCUUCCUUCCUGUCCUGGAGGACUGGAGCUAACCACUAACUUCUGCCGCAGGCCUCUCAUACUAUGCCUGGGGGUGGCUGGGAGGAAGGGGUGAAGGGAGGAAGUUAACUGACUGUGACGUGUCCAGAGACUGCAGCAGGCCUCUCAUACUAGGCCUGGGGGUGAAGCCCUGGCUCUACUGCCAAUCACAACCAGGUAUCCUUUUCACUCCAUACGGACAGAGUUCUGUAGAUCUGGGACCUUUUUAAUACAGAUCAGUUGGUUCCACAGUGUCUCCUCAGACCCAUACAGGGGCCAGAUUCUGUUGUAACUAGUCUGUUGUAGGGGUCUGUCUAACCCAGCUGUAGUUAGUCUCCUCAGACCCAUACAGGAACCAGAUUCUGUUGUAACUAGUCUGUUGUAGGGGUCUGUCUAACCCAGCUGUAGUUAGUAGUGUGGUCCCUGUCUCCUCAGACCCAUACAGGGGCCAGAUUCUGUUGUAACUAGUCUGUUGUAGGGGUCUGUCUAACCCAGCUGUAGUUAGUAGUGUGGUCCCUGUCUCCUCAGACCCAUACAGGAACCAGAUUCUGUUGUAACUAGUCUGUUGUAGGGGUCUGUCUAACCCAGCUGUAGUUAGUAGUGUGGUCCCUGUCUCCUCAGACCCCAGGAAUGUGUUUCAUCCAACAGACAAUAAGGAAGGAUGUUUUAAAUGAUCGUACCAUCGUUAUCUCUUGCCGUAACUAAUCUGAAAGACCACUUAAUAAAGGACACCACUAAUAUCACAAUGUUACUGUUCUGUGGACUCAGAGCGUCUCUCUCUGUAAUAGUCUUUAAUGCUGUUCUGGGGACUCAUAAAGCAUCUCUCUGUAAUAGUCUUUAAUACUGUUCUGUGGACUCAUAAAGCAUCUCUCUGUAAUAGUCUUUAAUACUGUUCUGUGGACUCAUAAAGCAUCUCUCUGUAAUAGUCUUUAAUACUGUUCUGGGGACUCAUAAAGCAUCUCUCUGUAAUAGUCUUUAAUACUGUUCUGUGGACUCAAAGCAUCUCUCUGUAAUAGUCUUUAAUACUGUUCUGUGGACUCAUAAAGCAUCUCUCUGUAAUAAUCUUUAAUACUGUUCUGUGGACUCAUAAAGCAUCUCUCUGUAAUAGUCUUUAAUACUGUUCUGGGGACUCAAAGCAUCUCUCUGUAAUAGUCUUUAAUACUGUUCUGUGGACUCAAAGCAUCUCUCUGUAAUAGUCUUUAAUACUGUUCUGUGGACUCAUAAAGCAUCUCUCUGUAAUAGUCUUUAAUACUGUUCUGUGGACUCAUAAAGCAUCUCUCUGUAAUAGUCUUUAAUACUGUUCUGUGGACUCAUAAAGCAUCUCUCUGUAAUAGUCUUUAAUACUGAUCUGUGGACUCAUAAAGCAUCUGUCUCUGUAAUAGUCUUUAAUACUGUUCUGUGGACUCAUAAAGCAUCUCUCUGUAAUAGUCUUUAAUACUGUUCUGUGGACUCAUAAAGCAUCUCUCUGUAAUAGUCUUUAAUGCUGUUCUGUGGACUCAU